CUGCUGCAACCACUCAGUUUGCCUGUCCCUGUCGCGCAUCUAGCCACCAUGCCUUCGAUCGAAGCGGAGGCCCCGGCUCCUGCAGCUGACACCCCUGUUGAGGAGCUGACCAGACUGCCUUUCCCUCCGGUUACCUACUCUCACAUCUUACACUGCUCUUAUCAUGACUGGCAACCUCGAUACCGCACCCACGUCCCCAAAUCCCGUCUCAUCCCUCUCAACGCCCCCUUCGUUUCCUACCUCCGCGCCGACGGCAUCGUCUUGACCCCGGAAGCCGCCCCUCCCACCGACAGCGACAACGACGAUACGUUCUCCGAUGACGGUGACGAGGCUGAAUCUGACCCGUCGAUCGAGUGGCCGGAAAUCCACGCCCAGGUCAAAUCUACGAUCGCCGAGUACGGAGGCAAAGUAACGCCGAAGCUGAACUGGAGUGCGCCCAAAGAUGCGACCUGGAUGUCCGCGACGAACGACACGCAGUGCCGCACCCCCAACGACAUCUACCUCCUGCUGAAAAGUAGCGACUUCAUUACCCACGAUCUGGAACACCCGUUCGAUGGCUGCGUGCCCGAUACCCCCGACUCCUCCCUCCCACAACCCGAGAUCCCCUACCACCUUGUUCUCCGCAAAUACGUCAACUUCAACCCCGCGCUAGAGUUCCGAUGCUUCGUGCGCAACAGAGUGCUCCUGUGCAUUUGCCAGCGUGACCAGAACCAUUUCGACUUCCUCUUCCCCAUGCGGGAUUCCCUCCGCUCCCGGAUCCAGUCGUUCUUCGACGAGAAGCUGAAGGAUACGUUCCCGGACCCCAGCUUUGCGUUCGAUGUCUAUAUCCCGCCUCCGCAUGAGAAGGUGUGGCUCAUUGAUAUCAACCCCUGGGCUGAAAGGACGGAUUCGCUUCUGUUCAGCUGGCUGGAGAUUCUGCGCAUGAAGGACCCUGUCGGUAUCCAGGAGGAGGAUGAUGUGCAGUUUGUCCGGCUUUCCCUCAACGGAGACAAUGCCGAGGAUUCGGGCCCGGAAUCCGAGGAGGAGUCUGAAUCCGAGUCGGAAGCCGGUUGCAACGAGGAUGAUGCUCCCUUGUUCCCGGAAUUCCGUCUGAUCAAGCGUGACGACCCGGAGGCAUACUCUUUCUCGACGCCGCAAUACUCGGCACACAAACUGCCGAAGGAGGUAGUGGACGCCUCUCUCACCGGACCUGGUGGCAUGAGCGAGUUCCUGGGCCAGUGGCAGGACAUUCUCGCGAAGCAGACUCAGGAAUCCGACUCCGAAGAAGGCCAAUAAACGGUCUGGUCGUUACCAUUUUGCAUUGCUACAGAUCUAGAUCUACCAGGUGUUCAGGCAUAGCUGGCGUUUCCAAUUAGCGCGGAAGGAUGGGAAAGGAAUCAUAAAAGUAAAACUGCU